ACUUUGAUUUAGGAGCGAGUCUAGUGUUUAUACUUACGCUGGUGUUUUUGUGAAUGGAGCUCAUUACGCAUGCAGCCUCCUCGCGCUCCAUUGACAAACUGCUGCUGCUGCCUCUGUCCGUCUUCCUUACCUUCUCUGUCUGCGUGGAUCUCAUUAAAACACAGCCUAAAUGACCACAAACGGUUAAGGCAUGAAUUAUAAGAUGGAUGGAUAUCUGGAUCAGCAAGUGCCUUAUACUUUAGCUAAUAGGUCGCAAGGAAAUGGGCCCCUAAAUAGACUGUUGAUGGCGACGAAAAGGAAAUACAUGGACACCGAAUUACCCCCCCAGGAAUCUGAAGAUCUCUUUCAGGAUUUAAGCCAACUUCAGGAGACAUGGCUCACCGAAGCUCAAGUUCCUGACAGUGAUGAACAAUUUGUUCCUGACUUCCACUCAGAGAAUUCAGUUGCAUUUCAUAGCCCACCUGUGAAGAUCAAGAAAGAGCCUCAGAGUCCCGGAUCAGACCCUAGCCAGUCCUGCAGCCACAAGCAGAGCUUCAGCUACCCCAAUGGAGAGCAGUGCCUUUACGCCAGUGCCUAUGAGCAGAAAAGAGCAGCCGUGGCAGCAAUGGCAGCAACAGGAUCAAAGAGCUCUUGCCCAGGGACUCCCAUGUCUCCUAUGCAGCAUUACUCCCCAAAACCAACAGUGGGCACUCGGCCGGAGUCAGGGUACAUGAAUCCUCCCUCAGCCAGCCAGUCCCAUGCUUGUCACAGCCACCAUUACCCCAUGAACCUUAGUUCCAGGUUCCCUUCCGGCUCGGCAGAGAUGUGUCCACCAUUCAGUUCCCAAGGCCAAGCAAUGCAGCGAAUUCAUCCUGCCCAUACCAGUGGGAGUGGAAGUGGAAGCUACUGUCGGCAGCACUCUGACCCCUGCUUGCCUUAUCCUCCUCAGCAGAAUUUCAAGCAGGAGUAUCUGGACCCUCUGUACGACCGGGCUACCCACAUGGCUGGGCCACAGCCUCACCGGUUUCCUCCUGCCCUUUUGAUGGUCAAACAGGAACCCACUGACUACACUUAUGAACCUGAUGUGCCUGUUUGCGCUUCCAUGUACCAUCACAACGAGGGCUAUCACAACCCACAGCACAACAGUGAAGGCUACAUGUUUGAAAAUGACUCCCGCCUUGUUCCUGAGAAAUUUGAAGGCGAGGUGAAGCAAGAAGGGGGUGGCGUGUUUCGUGAGGGCACCCCCUAUCAGCGCCGUGGCUCACUGCAGCUCUGGCAGUUCUUGGUGGCCCUCCUCGACGACCCUGGCAAUGUGCAUUUCAUUGCGUGGACUGGCCGUGGCAUGGAAUUCAAACUCAUUGAACCAGAGGAGGUGGCAAGAUUGUGGGGGAUGCAGAAGAACCGCCCAGCCAUGAACUACGACAAACUGAGUCGCUCUUUGCGCUACUAUUAUGAGAAGGGAAUUAUGCAAAAGGUGGCAGGCGAGCGUUAUGUUUACAAAUUUGUGUGUGAGCCAGAAGCUCUUAUAUCCUUGGCUUUUCCUGACAAUCAGCGUCCAAGUCUGAAGGCAGAAUUCGAGCGCUAUGUCAAUGAAGAGGACACCGUACCGCUAUCUCACCUCGACGAUGGGGUGUCCUACCCUUCUGAACCAGCUGCCACCAACAUGGGCUCUCAGCCAUACUCCAAAGGCUACAUGUACUAAUGCCACCAACAUUCUCCCAUGUCCCCCAUCCCUGUCCAGUUUACUUCGCCCUGCAUCUGUUGCACAUGCCCACCCCAUCCACUUGUAUAUAAGGCUAUGUUUUUGUUUUUUUAAGUUAAUCUCAUUAGGGACUCUGCAUUCCUCUCACUUGUGAGGCCUCUCUAAUCUAAACACAUUAUUGUGGUUUAAGAGAUUGCUUAAUAAAGACCCAAUAUUACUACUA